GGCGUGCGCGGUUCGUGCGCCUACCAUUUGCGCCCAUCCAGGUGCAUGCACCGUCCCGGCGUCCCGUCCCUCCCUCUGCACUUUCCUCUGCAACCACGCCUCCCCCUGCCUGCUACCCCUGGCUUUGCUCCCAAGCGAAGCCAAAGUAAACCUUCACCCGUACGGCAAGAGGCGACGCCGGGGGCCAAUCUACGGGCACCAGAUCGCGGAGGAGCCUGCCGUCUCCUGCCCAUUCUCCGCAAAGGUCUCCAGAGUCAUGAGAUGCAAGCUCAUUUGAUUUUUUAUAUGUUCAACAAGCACUGAAGUAUUUUCCUCGAUGGAGGCUGAAGCUGCUUUCGAUGUUGAAGAUUCCAGAUCAAACGAUGAACUGCAGGAGUUGUGGCCAGUUGGUGAGAUAGACCCAAAGAGAGGGCGAUUCCCUUGUUGCAUUGUCUGGACUCCUCUUCCUGUAGUUUCAUGGCUUGCUCCUUACAUAGGCCAUGUUGGAAUCUGUCAGGAGGAUGGAUCUGUCCUGGAUUUUGCUGGUUCAAAUUUUGUGAGCAUGGAUAAUUUUGCAUAUGGUUCUGUCGCUAGAUACCUCCAGCUGGACAGAAAGAAGUGCUGCUUUCCUGCUAAUCUGGGGGCACAUGUAUGCGAGUCGACGUACAAGCACACAGAAGUUGGAACAGCAACAUCCUGGGAUAGUACCUUGCAACUGGGCACAAGACAUUUCCAGCACAAAUACUACAACCUGUUCACCUGCAACUGUUACUCAUUCGUAGCAAACUGCCUGAACCGGCUUGCCCACGGCGGUUCGGCGGAGUGGAAUGUUUUGAAUGUGGCAGCUCUUGUCUGGCUUCACGGCGAAUGGGUGGACAAAAUGUCUGUCGUUCGGUCAUUCGCGCCAUUCGUGACUGUGACGUGCAUCGGUAUUUUUAUGGCCGGCUGGUCUUUCCUAAUAGGGUUAUCGGCAUUCUGUUUGCUUCUGAUAGGGUGGUUCGUCUUUGCUGUAUACUGCACGAAAGGUUUGGUGUGCUGAAAUUACAUUGCGACUGAACCGGGUGAGGAGUUGUGGAAAUAAUUUGUCUGGGACCGUUGAUCCAUUCUUGUGAUUAUUCAUCUUAAACUUAUCGAAA